UUUGGGCGAAUUUAUUUCCUUGUUUUUACGAAAAUGUUCUAAGUCUAACAAAGAUGGAGGUCGAUUUUGUUCUUGCUAUAGCUAUCGUCUCGGUGUUAAUUGCGUUGUUUUUAACUGUGUUAGCUUAUUUAACUUAUUCUGGCUUAUUUGUCGAUAUUGAAAUUAAAGCGUGUAAACCUCCAUUCGAAACAUUGACAGUAGCCUAUAAAUUCGCUCGAGGACCUUACAAAAAUUGCGGCCAAUUGUUUACAGAAGUGCAUAAUUUGGUCCCCGAAAUGAAAUGUAUCGGAGUUUAUUAUGAUGAUCCCGAAGAGGUUGACUCAAAUAAUUUGAGAUACUUGGUUGGUGCAAUAAUUAAUGAUGGACAAACAACAGCUAAUCAAGAAUAUAAAGAUAAGUUACUUAGGCAAGGAUUUCAGACUGCUUCUUUUCCAUCAGUUGAUCAUGUUGUGAUGACUACAUUCCCAUUCAAAGGAACACUCUCUGUUAUGAUAGCGAUUGCAAGGGUGUAUCCAAAACUACGUCAAUAUCUCAAGGAAAGGAAACUGUGUGCUCAUCCAGUCAUGGAAAUUUAUAAUAAAGAAGAAAUUGUCUUCUUAGCUCCUUUAGCUAAGCAAGAUGAAUUUUAUGUUUCAGAAGCUUUAGAAGAAAGUGAAGAAGAAACCCCAUCUAAUCAAGUUCAAUCAGACUCAGAUAUGUCAAAAAUAACAGAAAUAGAAGGAGAAAAAGUUUCAGAUGAAAGAGAGACAGUUCCGCCACCUCCCUUUAGUGGUUCCAGUUGUUCCAAUAGUGUUGAAUUUAUAUCACAUGUUGAUGUUCCAGAAGAAAAUGGAAAUAGUAAAGCUAAUGGUUCAGACAGAAGCACAGCAUCAUCAUUUGAGGAAUUACAAAUGGAUUCAUGAAUUAUUUUUAAAUACAGAAAAUGUUUUACAAAUAAUCUUUAGUAUUUUCUUUGGAGCUGACAGUAAUUUGGUCAUUAAUACCAAUAAUGCUCCAAUCAAAUAAUACUUGUAUUUGAUGUUAUAAAUUCACAAAUUUAAUUAUGCUAAGAAUGCCAUCUCUUUUAUGAAAAAAAAAUUUUUUUUAUUAACAUUUCAGCUUCACUAGUAUACGUACAAUCAGGAAUAUUUUGUUUCCAAUAUAACUAUUAAUAAUAAUAUAUAAAUUAUUCAAGAUACAUUCCAUUUUAUUAAGCUAUUUUAUAAGAUUUAUAUUUAACAUUAAUAAUCAUUUAUACUUGUAAUAAGUUAGUUAAAAAAUUAGAAGUUUUUUACAUUAAUAUUAAUAAGAUUGUAUCAAAAAAUAUAUUCCUUUCAUAUAUUUUUAUUUUCUAUAGAUUAUGUAGUUUAUACUUUGGUUUAAGAUGGUAUUCUUAGCAACUAGAAUUAUAUAUUAUAGUUAGAUAUUACCCUUAUAGUGCCAGAUUGAAUUAGAACUUUACAUAUCUCAUUGAAAAAGUGCUCAUUAUCAAUUCUUAUAAGUUUUCAAUUAAGAAUUUCCUUCUAAACAGCUGAUUUCUGUUUUAUCUCGUUCUCCUGACAAAAAAAUAAGUUAAAAUCUUUUCAAAAAUAUACUUAAGUUAUAUGUUCCAUUAUUUUAGAUAGAUUUCAUUAAUAAAAAUUUAUUUCAAUUCAAAAUAAAUUGAUGCAAAGCUGAGUUUUAUAAAUAAAUAUUUUAAAAUGUUAAGUAAAAAUCUCAACAUACUGACACUAAAGGCUAAUAUGAUUAAAACUUAAUCAUAUGUUAUUUUAAUGAGUUUUGAAAAUGUUUUAAGAAAAGAAAUAAUAAUAAUUUAAAUUUUUCUAUCUUCCUUAGAUUUUUAUGGAAUUUACUAGUUAUUUCCCUCAAUAUUGUCUAAAAUUCUUGGCAUUUAAAUAUGAAUGUUAUGUGAUAUUUAAAAUGGCUAUAAAAAAUCAAGCUAUAAAAAAGAUCUCCAAUGUUAUUUUCUCACUGUUACAUUUAUACAAAAAGAUGUAAAAUCACUUCAAGAGUUACACAUGAUCAGAAUUAAUUUUGGAAAGCUUGGUGAUAGUAACUACUUAUCUUUUUUAAUGUAGUGAAUUUAUUUAAAGUCAUAUUCAAAAGAUAUAUUCUUCCUUUAUAUGAUGGAAAUACCAAUUUAUCAGUGUUAUAAAGAAAAAUCUAUAUUGCUAAGUCAUUAUCAAAAGUAUUAUAUAAGAAGAUUAUUCUAAUAUUGGGCAUCACCUCAAAAACAAAGUGCACAUUCAUAUAAUGUACAUACGUAGAUGUAAAUUCUUUGUGUAAUUAAGGAUAAUCUUUGUUUUGUGAUAUUUUCGUACAUUUAUAAUUUUGUAAUUUCCUUAAUGUCAGCCAUUAAAUUUUCUUGCAGAGAUCCUCAAAUUUAGAAAUAUUUCAGUGAAAAAUGCAAAUUGAGACUCUGCAGGCCAGAGUGCCUUAUUCAAGAGUAUAUUUGCAAUUUUAGUAAUUAUUUGUUUAUAUAAUUUUAAUUAAAAAUAAAUAUUUUUUAGUUAAUUUUAGUUCAAUCAGUAUUUGAAUUUUUAAUAUUCAAUAUUUCUUCCUGCGUAAAUUUCAGCAUUUGUUUGCACAAUGAAAAUUGUGUAAUGUUAUGAAUAAUUUAAAUAAGUAAUUGUUGUAAAUCUAAUAGCAUAAUUCAUCUCUUUCAUGUCACAAGCUCUAAAUUCAGCAAUGGAACUGUAAUGUGCAUUACUGAUGUCAUUCAGUAAAAAUAGUUGUGAAUGCUGUAAUGUAUAAUCAGUGAUGUGUGAUGAGUUAACAUUAAACUAUGCAUAAAUUAUAAAUAUUAUUCUGCUUUGUUGUUUAGAUAUUUAACUAAUGUAAAAUUACGUAUUUCGUUUAAAGUUCGAAAUUUGUCACAAAAAAUGUCAUAUUAGUAAAAGAUAAGAAACUUGUUAUAUGGAGAGAUCGUGAAUAGAAUUUGUCUUAUGAUAUUCCUGAAAUUCAUAAAAUGUUUGCUCAUUCGCACUAUUGUAAAACAUUCAAAAUUCGUAAAAAUGAAUUUCAUUGCUUUAAAGCAACGAAAUAGCAAUAGAAAUAUUUGUACACAAGAUGUUCCCUGUAUUUUCUUGGUUAUUUGCAUUUGCUUUCAUAAGGAUUCCACGAUGUGAAAAGUAUUCAUAUUAAACUUAAUUUGCAACAUGUUAAUGAAAUAAUUUUCUGUUUUAUUUAUACCUUCGUAAAAAUAGUCAUUUAAAUGAUUCAGCAAUAUAAGUAUAAUAACUGGACUUCUUGAGCAGCUGUGUAUUUAAGGUGUAUAUAUAUAGGCCUACACAUACAAAUUUUGCACGUUUUUUCAUUAAAUUAAAGCGUAUUUUUCAUGCACGCUUUGUCAUUAUUAAACCAACAAACAAUCUUGUAGAUUGCUGAUUUAAUAAUAAUGACGAUUUACAUAUUAAAUAGGACAUACAGUGGAACCUGGUUAACUUGAAUCUCGUGGAAAAAAUUCACACUUGGGUUAACUCGAAUUCCGCGAAACUUUUUAACUUUGAUUUAACAUGUUAUGCUAAUCUAUUGGGGAAAGAAAAUGACGUCGAGUUAACCAGAUUCCACUGUAUUUCUAAAUACGGUAGUAAAGAAACUGUAAACUUAGUUUUGUCAUUCUUGAUGGUAAAAAUUUAAUAAACCUGCUUUUUAACA